AUGGCGUCCGUCGAACCCGAAGCGCGCAAGGAGAGGAGGGACAAGAAAGACAAGAAAGACAAGAAGCGCAAGCACUCGGAGACUGUCGCUGACGCGGACGAGGUGGAAGUUGUCGCAGAGAAGAAAAAGAAGAAGGACAAGAAGCGGAAGUCGACUGAUGGCGCGGACGCUGAGGCGGUGAUGGUGGUGGAUACGGAUGGUGUCAAAGACGAGGACGACGACAAGAAGGUCGUUGCCAAGGUAGAGGAAGACGACAAGAAGGUCGUCGCGAAGAUCGAGGAUCCUCUCGCUGCGCUUGUGCCCUUCGCAAAUCCACUGGCUGGAGAAAAGGAUGGGAAGAAGGUUAUGAAGAGUGUCAAGAAGGCGGCCAAGCAUAAGCACAUCACCCGCGGCGUCAAGGAGACCGUGAAAGCGAUCCGGAAGUCGCCCAUGUCCACCCCUGCAACCCUCGGCAGUGAUGUCUUACCUCAUGGCAUUGUCAUCAUCGCAGCCGACAUCUCGCCCAUGGAUGUCAUAAGUCACAUUCCUGUGCUUUGCGAAGAUCACAACAUCCCGUACAUCUUCGUGCCAAACCGAGGAGAACUAGGCUCAGCAGGAAGCACGAAGCGGCCGACGAGCGUGGUCAUGAUCACUGAGGGUCUGCGAGGCGCAAAGAAGGAUGCCGUCGACAAGGAGGGCGAGAAGGAGUUUCAGGAGACGUACAAGGAGCUGCAUCGCACCGCGAUGAAGCUGGGGCAGACGAUCAUGGUGUGA